AUGUCCUCCUGGACACAUACUGUUAAUCAACAAACGGGCGAUGUUUUCCUGUCAAAGUCUGGUACAGCCAUCGUUCUUGCAGCGAUCUGGAUUGUAUGCCUUGGAUCUCAGAGCCCUCCAGCAAUCUAUGCGACACUGUAUCAAGACAGGCUCUGUGUAGAGCAAUGGCCCAACCUAUUAUCCCAACGAGCCUUCAAAACAAGCCUCUUUGUGUUCUUCUACGUCAUUCCUCUGGGUGUGAUCUGCCUCUGCUAUGCCCGCAUGGCUGCCGUGUUGUGGAACGCCGGGGCAGAGUUCGUCAGUCCGUACAUGGCUGGAGCUCCACGCAGACGACACACCAGACGUAAGGUGGCGCGGAUGGUGAUGAUCCUGGUGUCUUGUUUCUCCAUCUGUUGGCUCCCCUACCACAUCCGUAGCAUCAUGGAAUGCUGGCAACUUAUCACAAUGUCGCCCUUUAGCUACUACUUCGGCAUCAUCUGUAGGCUGAUGGGCUACGCCAACAGCUGCCUCAAUCCCCUCCUCUACUCGUGUCUCUGCGAGAAUUUCCGCAAGAAUUACUACCAGGCUUGCUCCUGCUGCUGUGUGGGGAAGAAGGAAAGAAACUGCAAGGCUCAACUCAUCUGCUGUCACGAGCUCUACCCAAACGGAACAGCGGCCCUAGAGUGUGAGCAGACACGAAACACCACCAACUCUACUCGCAUGUCAGCAGUGGGAAGUAGGAAAUCUUUCACGAGUUCAGGAGGACGGAUAUCCUAGUCUUUGACGAAGUCUCAAGGUCUCAAGAACUGACCAGAUAAUUAUGAGCCCAAUCUACGUUGAUAAUGAUGAAGGAUAUUGAACUCUCUUGACGCAACUCUCACCUGAUCAAGCAUGUUAAACCAGUCAGGGAGUCAGUCGUUCUGGGAGGACAAUCCUAGCAUACACCCAACGGUCUCAAGACGUUCACAAAAUGUCCUGAGGCCGUUAUAGAACGUCCAUUCACGUAAAAAGUUUCGUGUUUCGUCGGAUGGGCGUUUUCAAUUAUUCGCAUCGGUAGAUCUUUUGGCUGUGACUUGUCACAUUAUCUUUUCCAAUCGGAUAUAAAUUGCCAAAGGCAAAUACGUUCAAUUUUCAUUAGUAGUUAUCCGAGAUUAAGGUUCCGGAUUUUAGGGUUAACAUAGCGUGGGCAUAAUGUCAUGGUUAAAUAAUAAGUCAUAUCUGCCAAGUCUCUGCCUAGGGUUCGUUAGCAUUCAUAAUGCAUUAAAGAAUGACGUACUUUGCUUCUGAAGAUUUCUGUCUCUCCACUCUACUGUUCAGCGCCAUCGAUUUGGGAACCGCUUCUUAAAUUUAAUGAAUGUACCAAGCGAAUUGCAUACUUAUCUUAGAAUUGCUCAUAAAAUCAUAAAUGUUCCAUUUUAAAAAGUUUGUUCACCCUAACUCCGUGAAUACUCGCAGAGUUUUAACAGCUUUCUUGUGUUUUCCCUAAUUUAAGUAGCCUAGAUUUCUAAUUAAAUAGACUUUAAUGGCCUGCGAUUCGUUGAUAUGGGUCUAAAGUUACAUCUUUAGACUGGCAAAACAAUAUUUCACUCCUAGUCAGAUUCAGAACUCUGAUAUACAAUUGGUCUACAAUAUUAUUAUACCUCGGCGGAGAUAGAUAAAUAUAUUGCGUCGAAACUAGUUCCCAGAGUCUGGAGUUACACAGAUUAUUUCAGCGACGGUAUAAAAAAACAACAACACGUAAAACAGUGGGCGGGGGGGGGGGGAUGUCGCAAUUCAGAAAUUUUCAAUUCCAGACUUCUGCGUUGUGUAUGGCGCAUGAUGGUUCAUCUUCUUCGUAAUUACGUCGUAUACUAAUGACAUUUCAUGAAGAUAUUUUUGAACGUGCAAAAUGAGAUCUACAGUGUAAAUGUAAGUAAAUCCAUUCUUUUUCAAACAAAAACUAUUUUUCGUCGUUUCGUGUAAUUGCAUGUUAUACCUAUAGGACAAUUUUGUAAAAAAUUUGAAUAUGAGAAAACAAAAGUGAAAAAAGCCCGAAAUUUCUUUUGAUCAUCCGGGUAUAUUAAUUGCACUACAUAACAAGUUGUGCGUGUUGCUUAUAUAAACGUAGACAUUUUUAAAUCAAACGUCUGGACUUUCAUGUAGCUUCGAAUGUGCUGGAAUGAAUUCUAUUUGAAAUUCUAUUUGAGAUUCUAAGAUUUGAGUAUAUACAUGUAAUUAAUGGACGAUAUGAAGAACGUCAUAUAAUGUCGAUGUCGAUAUUGUUGUACUUGCACUUUACGAGUAACUAAUCCAGAUACCACAAGAUUUCAAACUUGUUUGUCAUGUAUAUGUUUUAAUGCUCGUUAAUGUAAAAUUGUAAGAUAUAUAGAGGAUCAUUUAACAGAUAUAUUGCAUUGUUAUAAUCUGUAAAUAUAUUUUUUAUUCACACAAUUAUAUCAAAUUAUUCGCAUGUAUAAAAUAUUAUAUACGCCACCAAAUUCGUUACUGCUCUUAGAUGAGAUACUGUAGUUGUAAUAGAAUUGUACAUGGAAAGUAUUUUUUGACUACUGCUUGAUUUGAGAGCAGGUGAAUCUAUUAGGUAAAGUUUGUAAUUAAAUGAAAUCACGGUUAGAGUAUUUGAGAAUAUUAAGCUACAAUAUAGCUGCCUAAAGUUAGGCUAUAGUCUACUUUGCUGGGGAUGAAACAAAGCAUCAGUAAAUCUAUUAUGGUUUCGUAAAUCAUAGUCAUUAUGGUAACAUUUCGAAUUGAAUUGAAGAACAUUACACGUCAAAUGCACGAAAACGAAAUAUCGACGGACAGAAAGCAACCGGCAGAAAGUGCACCUUUGAUGUUCAAGGUUUUUCUUCUAAAAGACACGAUCUUAAUUCCCAUUAUAGCUAGUUUGUGUAGGUCACGUCGUGUUUGAUGGUGCCAUUGUUGUAUUGCACUAAAAGCACUUAAGAGUUCGGAGAUAUGAAAAUGGUAUAUUAAUAAUGUGACAAAACACUUUAACAAGCAAGAAAGGGAAACAUCACGUCUGGGUACAUCAUAAAAACGAAACAUAAUAUCAACCCUGUACUCUCUUUGUAUGUGUAUUUUGUCCUUCUGUAACUGGGUGUCCUGACUUUUUGGCGGCGAUCUUAUAAGAUUGCGCGUGGGAUUAUUGUAUUUUUAAUCUAAUGGAAUCUCAAUCGCAAAGAAACAUCAUGUGGAUUAUUGUGCAGAAAGGUUAUAUGUUCCUGAAAACAAAACUGACGAUUAACCCUACGUAUAGACCCUGUUCUUAUUUGUAUUCAUUGUUCAUAUAUUUUUAUUAGAAAGAGAGCUUUAUACGAUAUUCUAUUUUCUAUCAUUCUUCCAUUUGUAAUGAUCAUGAUAAAGUUAAGGUUAAGAGUAGGAGUACAAAGUUAGUAUAGUCGUCAUGUUUGUUGUUCUUUCUUGUGUUAUGUAUCGGGUUUCUAGCAUAGCUGAAGCACUAAAUUUAAAAUCAAUUGUGAGUGGGUUAACAUCUUCCUUUUUCAUCAGAAACAUUGCACCCACCCCACCCCCUCCCCAAAGGGAUAAAGUACGAACGAUGACGUCGGUUUUGAUAAAAGUCGAUUGAUUGUGGGACAGACUUCAGCGCUUUUCCUAUUACGAUCAAACCCGAUACACAGUGUGACGAACAAUUAUCAUAUCGCAUUCUAAUUUGUGAUAUGUUUAUUGAAUUUAUUCCUGACAAGACGUUUCCUGUACUGUAAAAAAUUAUAUUCUCAUAUUCUAUGGUGUUUAUCUGUUUUUGUUCCAAUAUAAUUUGGCGUUGGUCACCACAAUCGUAUAUAUUUCACUAUUUCUUCCUCUGAUUGUUAUACUGUAUGUUCAUUGAUUGAUUUUCUUUUAUGUUAUAUUGAUUUUAGUCCUGCCUCCGCACAUAUACAAAUGAAAACACGUUAAUCUUCGCUUUUAUCACUAUAAUUUCUGUAAUUCUAUUAAUAAAAUGAUUGUAGAGUAUUUCACAUACAUACGUUCAUCAAGUGUAUUUUAUUUGUAAUGUGUACUGAUGGGCAAGUGCGGUGAUAUGCUUGUAAGACAGUAAUCCGUGUAAUUUCGACAUAAACUCGUUUCUAAGUCUAUAAUCUGCUGGGAUUAAGAUGCUUUACAUUACCAAAACUCUGUUUCAAAGCCUCCACUUAAAUCAGUCUUAAUUCUGGAUAAAGAAAGCUUUAAAAAGAAAAAAAAAAUCAUCACUGAUAACGCGUCCACGAGCAGACGGAAAUGAUAAAA